AAUAUGACGAAUUUUCGCUCGCUGUUUCCCCAUCAUCAUCACCGCCGUCGUCGUUGCCGUUGAUAACACAGUAACAGAGGAAAGGAAUAAUAGCAACAACAGCAGCUACCAGAUUCAUAGCAGAGACCUGCUGCUGUUGCUUUUGUUGUGAUCGUAGUGUCGUCGUGGUGUGUACAGAGAGGAAGGUGCAAACACGCGGUCUUGCUUUGUGAUAGAGGCUUGUUACGUAUUGGACCCCUCGGGUGACGAAGUAGGCACCGAGGCCGGCUUAGUGCGCACUAAUAGGUGGAUUAUUCGCUGUUAGCGUGUAAAGUGAGAGCGAUGCUGUACAUGUGUGGGAGCGCUCGCUUGGCUGUGUAGUGGUGAAAAUUGUUGACGUGUGUACUUACCUACAUCAUUGGCGAUAUAGGAAAGUAAUUUUUUGUGGAUCGCGCUCGGUUUCGUAGUGACGGAGCAGUAUACGUAAGAGAUACGAGCAUCGAAUAGUGGACCAUCGGACAGGAUCCUUGCGUCCAGGGUCGGCACCACCCACACUGGGCUGAGUGAGUGAAUUAACGGUAGGCCUUCCAAGGUGUAGGCCUUUUUUUCAACGGAACUCCUGGUUUGGCAAACCAGUUCAACGAUCGGGACACUCCAGCGGUUCCGAUCCAGACGGCCUUUCCCUCGCUCGCCCGCCAUCGCCGACUCCCCCUUCGGCCACGCUGACCGAACAACGACCACCAUCACCCCAACACUGGCAAAACUGGCGGGCAAUUCGCGAGGAGGAGGCGGCGGGCUUUGGCAGCUGAAGCAGGAGACCAUGGACAACAUGGUCGAGGAGAAUGGAUCCUCCUCGAUGGACCCGCUGACGGCGAUCCCGGGUGGCGGACCGCCAGAUCACCAACAGCAGCAGCAGCAGCAACAACAACAGCAACACAGUGGUAGCAGUUCAGCGUCCCGGCUCGGUAACCCCAGUGGGGCCAGCACCGGCGAAAACCUCACCUCGUCGGCCAACGUUGUACAAAUCCUACCGGCGUCACACACCUCCGGCGGCAGCAUCCAGGCACAAUCAGUCAUACAACAGAACCAGCAGUCGGUGAUACAAACGGCCGCUGGCCAGAUACCUGCCCUACCCCGCGGCGUAUUAUUAGUGUGUAACAACAAACCUAGCUCAGUCAUUCACACCACGCAAGGCAGUUUGCAGGCUAUACAGAUCAAACCAGAGCCGCACGUCGGCAGCGGUGGCAGUAUCAUGACCGAUACCAACAGUGACGACACGAUGUCGGACGACGAGACCUCGCCGAAGAAGCGAAGAGAUUUACUAACACGACGACCAUCCUAUCGUAAGAUUCUGAGCGACCUCGGCGGAGCGGAAAUUGCAAAUGCCCAUGGCGAUGGCUCAGGACUGCAUGCGUUAGCGGCGACCGGCGGUGGCGUAGUGCAAUAUACCCAGGCCCAGGAUGGUCAAAUUUACGUACCUCAUCUCUUUCCCAAUGCAGUCAUGGGCGGCAACGUGCAGCUAGAGGAUCAGUCCCGAAAGCGGGAGAUGCGCCUUCAGAAAAACCGGGAAGCGGCCCGGGAAUGUCGACGCAAGAAGAAGGAAUACAUCAAGUGCCUGGAGAACCGAGUGGCCGUGUUGGAGAACCAAAACAAAGCCCUCAUCGAGGAGCUCAAAUCCCUCAAAGAGCUCUACUGCCAGCAGAAGAACGAUUGAGGUGGCCAAGGGGAAGCAGCAAGUAGACAAUAGUCGGCACUCUGUCACGAUUACCAAGUACCAUUACAUCAGCUACUACGACUAGGACUACAACCAAUCAGUGUUGUCUGUGGAAAGGGUUCGUUCCGCUGCCGAUCAAAACCGAGGAAACCCAGCAGUAGGAAAUACCAGCAAAUUAUACGGAUCCAUAAACGCGAACCCACUCCACACCACCAUCAUCGAAAAGAAGAUAAUGUCUGCGUAUAUUUUGUACUCAAAACGUGGACCCCUUUCCUUCUGCUAGAAGGAUACAGAUAGUAGAGAUAAAACAAAGAUGGCUGAUGCCAUUUUUUGUAUGUGUGUAAUACACACAUACCAAUGUAUUGAAAUCCAUCCAGCGGAAAACAGAAAUAUACUAAGAUUCAUUGUUUGACGGACCUCUCGGUUCGGAUGCCAUCAGAGAAAGAUUUUUAAUGGAAGAAAAGAAUGGAACGUGUCUUAGCUCAAAGUAUGAACGGUAAGUUUCGGUUACGAGAGUUUGGCAACCCUUCCCGUUGUUAUUACAAUAGAAGUAUUAAACUGUAGAGGAACAUAAGAAAGUGCGGUUCGACAAAAGUAUGUUUACGAAUGAGAGCAGAAGCACCACAACGACAAUAUUUCUCUUAAGUUUAUUGCUUCUAUUGUGGCAACAAUUUUCAAAAUUUCAAUUGUUACUGAAGCGUAUUUAAAAUACGAAUAGUAGAAUAGUAGUGGCUGGAAGGGUUGCCAAAAUAACCGAAGCCAGCCAUGUAUGUGUUUCUAUUCUUUGUUUUCUAUUUUAGUAGGCUUAGGUAAAUCAAACACACACAUACUAAUUAUUCUUUGUAUAGUUGGGUCAAAAUCAAUUGGAACUUGGUGGAAAAUGAAACGAAACACUGUUUGUUGUAUUACUUUAUAUAGCUGUACAGGUUAGGAAACAAAACAAGUAAAAUACAAAAUGGUGCCACCUUCGGCUUGGCUCUACUCGUUGUUGUGUAGUGUGUGCACGAUUAAUGGCAGAUCAGUUACAGCGGAGGCAGAGGGUCCAUUUUUUUAUCAAUGGAAUAACAAUGGAAGAAAACUCGUUCCAUACUAUAUUUGUGAUCGUCCGUCUUGGCACCGCCGUUUGACCGUUAUAUGUCAAAUAUGGCGGAUGAAGUACGAUAGACGGUCCGGAACAGCCGCUACACACUGAACGAAAUCAACUCAAAGAAGCUUUGUGUGUUUUCCGUUUUUGUUUUGUUUUGGAGAGAAUCACCAGGAAAACUUAGAACACAUGCAUCCAAGCAAGCUGUAAAAAAUAACCUUUAAAAUACUGGAGUGGAGAACACUCUCCCGGAUAAUGUCCGGCAACUUAGUAAGAGGGAAUUGAGCCCUCAUUGGUGAAACUACUAAUUUCAAGAGGAGAUAAUUGUACAUUUAGCGAAAAGAUAUAAGAACGAUAUGAAGAGAAUUAAUUUAAGAGAAAACCAUUUUUACUUAUACACAAGAAUACCUAUAUAUUAAAUGUAAUGACGUAAGGAAGUAAAAUAAAUUUAGGGACGAAAGAAUAGGGGAAAACGACGAGAAAAAAACUAGGCGAGGCAAGAGUUAAGAAGGUUACUCUACGAGGCGAAAUUUUACUAAGAAAACCAAACUUUAACUGAAUUGAAAUCGGGGUAAAACCAUGGUAGAAUUAUGAAAUUUGAUUUUGAAAAAUGAAUGAAAAUUUUUGCUCGUGUUUUUUCUCGCUGAUCAAGGCGGGUGCGGCCUUUGAACGGAACACGUUGGUUUUCGGAUCACCUGUAGCCCAGCAAUUAGAUAAUAAACAUAUUUGGAUGAAUUGAAAAUUAUUGUUGGCCGCAGCCGUAAUCGACAGCGGAGAAGGGACACUGAUCGUCAUUCAAAACAAUGUGGAAUAAAACAAAAUCGAUGAGCUGUUAACUAAAACAUAA